AUGGAGUACGUUGACUAUGAGAGCCUCACGGAGGCGGAGCUGAAAACCAUGGAUAACCUGACGGUGAGGAGCAAGGUCGCCGAGCUGCCGAUGAGCACUUCCGGCAACAUAUCGCCGUAUGCGCUUGGCAUGUCCGUGCGCAUAGACCUAGAGAAGCGCCGUAGAGCGACGCAAACGGACAAGGAACGCAAUAACAUGGUGGGAAAUGCGUUCCUGGACUCCUGCGGUAAGUUCGGCUCCAGCGACAAGGUGGUGGAGGCGGCUGCUAUUUUGCGGAAGUUGGACACCAACUGCAGUUCUUUGGUGUACCGUGAGGCGUUGGCUACCCGCAUGCAGCUGCGCAAGAUGGCGCUGAAGAACUUUUCUGCGGAGAACUUCGCAGAGGCUCUGCUGCAGGCGCACUACUCGCUCCUGCUGGCAAAGAAGUUCCACAUGGACAUCGCCAAGACGCCGUUGACUGGAGAGAUGGCGAUGGAGCUUCUGAUUUUGAGCAAGUGCUACGCGCACGUGGGCCAAUUCGACGCGGGUAGAACCCACCUUGUGGAGUUGCGGUUCCUGGUUGAGCAGACUCUGCUGCACUUCGCGAAACCUGCUGCGGCUGGGGAGCGCGCUGAGCCGCAGACUCCUGGGCGCAAGGCCGUGAUAAACUGCGACGCAAAGGUCUUUCCCAACAUUGUGUUCACGCUGGGCGAGAUCUUGACGAUGUACGACCUCUACGAGGAUGCGGAGAUAUUUUUCUCGAAGUACCUGAUGCUCUGCGAACGCGAGUUUGGCGGCGAUAGUGUCGCCCUGAGCGAGGCCAUCAACAGCGUCUGUGUGUACUUUUUGCGUAGUCGGCAACAUAUGAAGGCUCUGCCUCUGGCCGUGAAGGCGCUCGAGAUUCAGAAGAAACACUUCGGCGAUUACACCAGCGAGACGCCCGACCCGCGUGUGGCGGAGGGGUACUGUAACGUGGGGAUGCUGUACCGCAUGGUGGGCAACCCUUUAGACGCUUUGCACAACUUGCUCAUCGCCAUCGACAUGAAGAUGCGCCUCUUCCAGGAUCGGGAGCAUCCCCAAGUGCAGGACAUUUUCCUUUCAAUCGGCUGCUGUCAGCACAUGCUGGGCAAUUUCCACGCCGCGGCGUCCAUAUACCGCGAAGUAUACAUGACGCGUUGCGACACUCUGGGAACUACGCAUCCGCUGACUGUUGCAGUGAAGCAUUUGCUGGAGGACCUUGACCGCGAUAUCAAGCUGGCGCCGCAAUCGGAUCCUGCCGAUGAGAAGCAUAAGGCGCUGUCUGCGAGCACAGAGAAAGUUCGUGCUCGCGUAAAGGUGCUGGAUGCCGAGAUGGGUCAUAACACUAAAAAGGCGCCGCGCGGAACGCCCGGCAUUGAGGUAUGUCGCAUCCAAUCGCUUUACGCGAACAAGACAAAGCACUUCCGCAUACCCACGGCGAGCAUACUGCAAACGCACGAAUGCAUCAUCCCUCGCAAGGAAAUCAUUGAGCUGUCGCGUCAGAUAUCCAUUCAGUACGCGUAUAAGCGUCUGCCCAUCAUAAACAUACCGCGCAUGGCCCGAGGCCGGCUGUUUUUGAACGACGGCCAGCCUGUCAUGGAGUGCAACAAGGACGCUUCCGACCUGCUCCUCGAGUGGGAUUUCCGCCCCCCGUCGGUUACCGCCGAUGGCGACGUGGUGGGUAGUGACCCCAAGCUGUCUGCCGAUGUGCACCUUUUCAUCCCCAUCAUAGAGGAUGGUAAGCCCGUCAUCGGGUUCUACAACAAGCCCAUUUUCGUCCCAAACCCAGGUCUAUUCCACGCAUACAAGCGAACCAAGGCGAUAUAUGACUUCAACGUGGAAACGCCCUCUCAAACUGCCGAUCAGGUCAAGGGACGUCCUUCGAAAACGAGUAGCACGUUGGAAGCCACACCAAGCGGAAUGACUCGAGCCAGCGAUUCGAAGGAGCCUAACCGUCCCGUUCCUUUGGUUACGGCGAAGCCUCAACCUCCUCCGAAGCGCAGUGGAACGGCUUCUACGGUUCCCGAGGUCACCCGAAAAGCAGAUCCACCCAAGGAAGCACCUGCACCCGCUAUUACCGUGAAGACGAAACUUACUGUAAAACCAAAGGGUGAUACUGUUGCUGCUACGAAGACAGCAACUGCUCAACCCCCCAAAGCCGCUCCUAAAAAGGCACCACCCAAGGCCGUUCCUAAAAUACUGCUUCCGAAGAGCGUUAAGGCUGUGGAGAGCGUGAGUUCGGACGAUGCAACUGCACCGAAGCAGGAGACACCGGUACCCACACCGGAAGCACCGACAGGCGCAAUAUCAUCGCAGGGCGAGGAAUCAAAAACGGAUGAUCCAACUCCCAUAAAUGCGCCACUUGUCGAGCUGCCAUCGAUGCGAUUGGGCGAUUUAUUCACUAAGAAGACGGAGACCAACCCCAAUGGUCGCAACGCAAAGUUCCUCGCCAAGAUUGGGAAUCUGGCGAAAAUAGUGGUGAAGCCGAACCAAGUGAAGACGCCCCUUGCCAGCAACAUUACAAAGGUCAAGCAGGCGGCACCUGUAACCGGCGCAUCGCCUCCAUCGUCCCUUUUGGACAGCGACGCCGACACCAGUCUCUCUGACUUGGAUGAUGAAGAGCUCCUUAUGCCCUCUGCAUCUCUGCGUGAAGAUCCCACGGCGAGAGCAUCCUUGGUGGCUAUGCCCCCUAGAAAUAUUAAGCUACCGCUGGACCUAAAAUCCAUCCAUGAUCCGCUGCCCAUGGACAUUCUCAGCGAGGUUCGAGGUAUCCGAUCCCACAAGGACGAUGACACGUCGCUUCGAUGUAUGCUGCUGGAUGAGGACGGUCGCUCGCUCGCAAUUGUGCCGUGGCAGAUCGACAUGAUGUCGCUGACAUUGGCCAAGUCGUGCCUUUCCAUUGAGCUGCUCGAGAAGUAUUCGGUUACCGGCGACAAGAAGGAUGAGUCCUCAGACGCUGCAAAAGAGGCCCAGAUCGCCGCAUAUCGGAAACUGCUGGCGGGCGAGGGACUUCACGACCUUGGUUUCAGUGAUUUGAUCGGUAACAAGGCAAUGCAGUCGUUGGCUGGCGGUGCGGAUGCCUUGUCUGCCGGUUUGGGCAUGGAUCUGCCUCCCUCUGUUCUUGCUAACCUUCGCAAGCAGGCUGAGGAGUUGGAAAGGAAAGCUAAGGAAGAGGCAGAAGCGGCGGCCGCGGAGAAAGAAGCCGAAGAAAAGGCAGGUGCUGCCGGCAUGCCGAAGAUUGUGCCGAUUUUGAAGAAGGAAGCUCCGACGAUGAAAAAAGGCGCGCCGCCCAUGAAGAAGGGGGCACCGAAGGGCCUCGCUCCACCUGGAAUGAAGAAAGGUCUUCCAACAAAGACAAAGGGCAAGGGAGCGGCGUCAAUGGUCGACAACUCCCGGGUACGUCGCUUCUUCUGGGAUCCUAUUUUCGGCGACGACGCCAAAGGCACGCUUUUCGCAUGUCCAAAAGGCAUGCCCAGCGUGGAGAAACCCGAGAUUGAAGCAACGUUCGCGAAAGCGGCGCCCAAGGCCCGUGUGGCAGUUGUGUCUAAGCCUAAGGUUCUCAACCUGCUGCCUGACUCCAAGAGAGCCUAUAACAUGAACAUUGGUUUGUCCAAAUUCUCCAAGUACACCUUCAAGGAACUUAAAGAUGCCGUGCUAGGUUUGGACCCCAGCAUUCUGAACAUAGAGGCCACUGAGGGCCUCAUGACCCUGUUGCCCACCCCAGAGGAGGCCAACAUAGUCCAAGAGUAUGUGAAGUCUGGAGGCGACAUGAACCUGGUAGACCGACCUGAACAGUUCGUCGCUGUGAUUUCAACGAUCCCGCUGCUGAAGCAGCGGCUGGAUUCGCACCACGUCGCGCUGACCUUCAAGGAACACUUCCAGGAGAUCAUCACGCCCCUGGAGCGUAUAAUGGACGGCUGCGAGGCGGUGAUGUCGAGUGUCAAGUUGAACGUCCUGUCGAACGUCAUCCUGAAGAUCGGUAACACGCUUAACGAGGGAGACUCGAAAAAGGGUAAUGCGGAGGGUUUCAAGCCCACCACGUUCGCCAAGCUGAACGAAUUCCGCACCACCACAAAGCCGGUUAAGACCUUGAUGCAAUACAUUUGUGACAUCGUCGCAAAGGAUGAUGAGAGUCUGCUGGAAAUAUACAACGAACUGCGAGCUUGCGAGGAGUGCUCUAAGAUCGACACGGUCGCCUUGGAGGCAAACAUCACCAAGUUCAAGAACGACAUGCAGAAAGUCAACAACGCCAUCGCCGCGGUAGAACGCCUACGCGACAGCAACGACGAGUUUGUGCCUAUAAUGCGUGACUUCAUGAAGGACGCGGAGCCCAAGGUGUCGUUUGUGCAGGAGCAGCAGAAAGAGGUGAUGCUCCUGUUCCGGGAAACGGCAAAGUACAUGGGUUACCCCGACAAGGAGGUCGAAAAGGUGCGCGUGGACGAGUUGUUCCGUCACAUUUGGGGCUUCGCGAAAAAUGUGGAGGUGGCCCGCAAGGCUCGGCUCGAAGCCAUCGAGAAGGAGCGCCGGCUGGUUAUGGCUGAGCGUAGAAAGCAGGAGCAGGCGGCUGCCCGAAAGAGCAAGAUGCGCACGUCACUGAUUCCUACAACAGUCACGGCUACUCCUAAGAUGGUAGACGGGCUGGCGGACAUUGUGAAAACACAGACUUGA